AUUACAUUCAGUGUUGUGUGUUUACGUCUGGGUAAUUUGGGUUAACAUGUUGUGACAACCGUGAAGUUUGUGGUUUAUGACAAAUUUGAUGUAUUUGUGUUCGUUAUUUGUGUACUUUUGCACAGCAUCUCGUUUCAUUUCUUUGAAGAAAAGAAAAUGGAAGAGAAUUUUGACAUAACAAGUUUCUCGGAAGUAACAUACAACGAAGGCUUGGCGACAUCUCAGAUAAAGGAAGAACCCAACAUCCAGUCUGGUGCUUUUGGUAUAAAGCACAGCUAUAGAGGAGAAGAGGAAGUAAUUUCAUAAUUCUCCCCAACUGUGUGCGAACACCUGGUUGGUUCUGAAGAUUUUUUUCCUGUCUUACACUUUAUACACAAAGAAAUAAGAGCAAAAUCUCCAGUUGAGUAUAGCAGCAAGGCACAUAUGGAGGAAGAAGAAGUUGUCCUGGGACUGAUUCCUGCAGCAGAUUGGGUGGAGAAUCGGCCUCUCGAGGAAGGAGGUGAAAUUGAACUUGCAGCAGCUAAGAAGUUACAACAUUGCUUGGAAGCUGAGCAGCUUAUGGAAAUAAAACCGAAGAAAGAAAAAGAGGAUAUUGAAGAAAUUACCCUUGAUUCAGAAGAGGAAGAGAUUGAAGAGGUAAAAAUGAAGCCAGGAGAAGUGUUUAACAAGGAAGCUGACACUCCAUUUCAACAAGGAAAUGAGGUUGAAGAGAUAGAAACAACAGAUGAGAAGCAUCAUAUUGAGGCACCUAUUUUGUUUUCUGCAGGAGAGGAGGAUGGAGAGAUGAAAGUGAAGCAAGAAGAGGAGCUCCAAAUUGAAGCAUCGAAUGAUUUUCCUGAAGCACAGGAGGUAGAUGAGGAAGUAAACAUGCAUGCGGAGGAAGGGCCUCAUAUUGAAGCAGUUACUGUGUUCUCUGAUAGUGAUGAGGGCGAAAAUAUACACGUGAAGGAAGAAGAAGAGCUCCAGAUAGAGGCAGUUACUGUAUAUUCAGACACUGAAGGGAGUGAAGAGGACUGUGUAUCGGGCAAGAAGGUUCAAAGGUACAAUGCACAGGACGAUGGUGGCAAUCCACUCAUUGUUUCUGUAGCUCCUCCCCAGGCGACUGUUAUCGAGAGUGUGGUGCAGGAUGUGUAUGGCUGCAAUAGUUGCUCCAUGUCCUUCUCCUGCACUGCAGAACUGAGCAAACACGUGAGGUCUCACCCGCCGAGGAGAAAGCCGUUCAUCUGCAGGGUGUGCUUGAAGACGGACACCUUGGCUGCCAAUCUCAAGAGGCACAUGCGCACCCACUCUGGUGAAAAGCCAUACAGCUGUGUUCUGUGCUUCAAGAUGUUUACCUCCGCUUAUUCUCUGAAGAUACACAUGAGGAUUCAUUCGGGGUACAAACCGUAUGCCUGUAAACAAUGCCCCAGGGCUUUCUAUCAGAAGACAGACUUGAACAAACACUCCGUUGCUCAUUACAGGUCAGAGCAAAUACUGCAAAGUGCAAAGGAUCUUCCAGAAAACAAAGACUCAAAUUUGUUGAAGCGAAAUGUGAAAGUACGCAAUCCCUCUACAGCAAAGGUAUUUUCUCGAGGUGCAGCAUCGCGAGUGCCACACAUUGUGUGUCGUACGAGCCCUUACGUAUUGUCUCCCCCAUCAUCGAUGGCACGUGCGAAUGGAAACUCGAUAACUGAUGAUUCGCAGACUGAAUCUCCAACAAAUGCACUUCACGAUUCACCUCCACCAUUUGCACCUGUCAUCACUGAAGUUGUCGGGUCGUUCCACGAAGAAGACAGUGAAGUACAACCUUGCCCGUCACCGUUGAAUAAUAGAGAACGACAGAAGCAAGAAGCGUUUAAUACGGGAAACUUGUCUAGCAACCAGAUUAGAAUGGAGAAAGCUGUAUACACACAACCAGUGAUGAAUUCAGUGAAACCACAGUGCACUAAUAACACUGUUGCAUUGCAAGAUACUGCCAUAUCUGCUUCCAGUUCUGCAGGUAAACAGCUGACAGUGAAGAAAAAUAUUUACAAGCAGCCAGAGACGUUCUCAGUGAGUUCUCAGAAUGAAGCAAACUUGGGCACAACUCUUCUCUCUCCUGUCCAAUUGCCUACUAACGUGGUGCAAAAUAAUCUAAACUCAGCAGCAACUGCCCCCAACACAGGGUUUGCGAACAAUUUUAUGCCCAAGCAAACUGGAGGUGAAAUGUUCUGCAUUCCUCUGAUCAUAAAUGGACAAAUGUGCUACGCGAUACCGGCUCCGACACCUUCCCAGUUGUCAGUUGUAAGUAACCCCUCACCAGUCCAGACGGCAGUCCAACCCGUGAGUUCCCAUAAUAUUCCCAGUCAAGAGACAUUUCUACUUCCUGUAUUUGUACCACCGAUUUCAAAUGGUGUCCCAAAUUCUAAUUCAUCGCAGCCUAUGGUCACACCAGCGGUAACUCCACAGACUCUAGUUCUUGGGAGUGCCACACCCAGUCAGUCGCAACAUCAGAUUGGGUUUCAGUCUGCACCUGUUAGUACUGUCACUGAUGAGCGGCUGGAAAAUUCCUCCGGAUCCCAAAUAGCAACUGGGAAGACUGAAAAUUUCACAGGAUCCCAGAUCACAACUGUGAAGACUGUUUCGUGUGUUCAACCGGGAAAUUUCUCGGGAUCACAGAUGACAACUGUGGAGACUGCCCCACAUGAUCAGCUGGAAAGUUCUUUCGGAUCCCAGGCAACAUCUGUGAAGACCGUCCCCUGUGUUUGGCCAGAAAAUUCCUCGGGAUCCCAAACGACAGCUGUGAAGACUGUCUCACGUAUUCGGCAAAAUAAUCAGUUUAUGCUUCCGCCCCCACCUGUAACAGACGUUAAGCGGGUGGAUCAUUAUGAUCAUCAUCAUCAUAACCAUGAUCUUACAAUUACAAAGAAGGGUUCCAAUGGCAUUGUGCAACAUGAACGUGUUUAUUGCAAAACUUGUAAUGCAUCUGUAACUGUUUUUACUAAGCGAAGUAAACACAAAAAAGUGUCUUAGUAUUCCACAAGGACCUAGAUGUGGCAUUCUCAGGUGGGGUUUGCAAAUCCAGGGACAGAAAAGAGGAGAGACCUACAGGUACAGAUGAUAAUGCCAGAAUGAGCUGUAUUAGCACUGUUGUGCACUGUGGGAUUCUAGCCUGAUGUGAUCUAUCUGUCCUUGAGGAGGAGGGGGGGGGGGGGGGGGGGGAGAGAGUGAUAUGCCUUUCUGCUGGUUUCCUGCUGCUGCACAACUUUCACGGCACAGACUCACUUGUGAGAAAAAUCUGACUGACACAGGUUGUAUGAAUAUGUUAGCUUAUGCUGAGCUGAUGUGAUCAAUAUGUAUGUAUUUCUUCACUAACUUAAACAGUAUCUGAUAGUUUUCAUUUAAAUUUUUUGUUAUUAUCCCUUUUGCUCUUGAUAAGGAGCGGAAAUAGGGAGAGGACAAAAGAAAUGUAGGGAGAGGACAAAAGGGGGAAGUGGACAGCAUAUCUGGAGCCAUUAUGUCUCUAGUGCUCCCCACAACUAUUCAUCAGUUUUUAUAAGAAACUUCUCACAGUAAAUUUUAUGUUUCCACAAAUAUUCAGUGAGUUUAAAGGUCUAGAGAAUUUGGGUAGUUAUUUUUUAGUCAUAUGAUUGUGUUCUGGCACCCCUUAGCACGCACAACAAAAUGCAAUAUGUUUUGAUAUCAUCCUGUUCUAAUUAAUCAAUUAUUAAUGUUGGACACCACUAGAGCUCUUUUGGUGAGAAAAUAGGCUACCAAUGUACCACUAUAAUUUCUUUGUUACUUGGGCAACUUGUGUAAUUCAAGAGGCUAAAUAAAAAAGCUGCUGAUAUCUUCUCUUCUAUCCUGCAGAUUGCCACAGACUGUAACUAACUUUCGUUCAUUAUUGUGCUCCAGAUAUACAGUGGAUGGAUGAAAAUUAUUGGAAAAACCACAAAUACAAUGCAUUACAAUGCUUAAUGUGGUGUAGGAAAUCUGCUGGCUUUCAAAAUGGCUACCACUUAUCUCAGAAUGAAUAAAUAAUUUAUUUCGGAAUAAAUAAAUACAGUUUGUGCAUGGGUUUUUUAAGUAAUCUUAUGCCAUUCUUUCUGCAAAUUAGUCGCAACUUCCGGUAAUGACGAUUUAGGUUGAUGGUGAUCAUGCACCCUUCUCCCCAAAGCAGACCACAAAGGCUCAAAUACUGGUGACUGCGGUGUUGAGGUGAGAUGUGAAAAUUAAUUUUCACUCUCACAAAACAGUCUUGGACGACGGAAGCUCUGGGAGCAGGGACCCUGACAUCUUGUAACACAGCAUCACCACUGAGAAACAAACAUUAUACCACAUGAUGCACAUGAUCAGACAAAAUGGUUACAUAGUCGUUGGCAGUAAUGUGACCUUGCACAGCAGCCAUGGAGCAGAUGAAAAAUCAGAACAAGACUGUCCAUACCAUCUCCAAACCCCUGCCACAUUUUACUCUUGGGAUGUAAGCUUGGCCAGGAGUUGGAAGCAGUAUAAAACAAUCUACUGACCAAAUUAAUUUCUUCCGUUGCUCCGUAACCCUGGUUUUACGGCUUUGGUACCAUGUUUUCCUGUUAGAGGCAUUUCCAUCAGUGGUGAGUGGUUUUGAAAUUCCAUCUCACUCUGCAAUUCCCUCUUAUGAAGCUCCCUGUACGUUGUUUUUGUGCUGACAGGAUUUGUGAGUGCAACAUUCAGUUUUACAGUGACUUUUGCAACCACUUCCUCUUAUGCUAUGACACUAUGCUUUCCAAUGACCAUUUGUCACGACCAUUAAGAACACACUAUUGUUGACGUUGUGUCUUAGCGGAUAAUGUUUUUCAAUUUUCCUGUGCGCAGUACAAGUCUUCGGUACAGUGCUUCUCGGAACACCGAAUGCUUUGGUUACCUUGGUUACAGAAACAUACUCAUUUGAUCACCAAAAAUUUGCAUGUGUUCAAAUUUGUGUAGCUCUGACAUAAUACACACACAACUAUACAAAAUAGUGUGCCGGCCAUGACUGACACUUCCUACAUAUUGAGGAUAUUGCACAGGUGCCAUUGUAUUCAAAUACAACAGGGCAGCCUGUAGACUAUGCUAGCAUCUGCAUUUAUGUUCAAGUACACAUUUCUCAUGCUGUUUCCAUAUUUUUCUUCAACACACUUACAUUCUCGUCAAUUUCUUUCUUAAACGGGGACUUGGGGUUUUUGUAAGAAAUUCUGUCUCUGCAUGUGGUCUUCUGCUUCUUAUGUCGUCCUUGCUUCAUCUACCAUGCUUUAUUCUGUUUCCAAUAUAGCAGUUUGUCUGCUAUGUUGUCCCAUUGAUCACAUUAUUUCUGCCCCUCAAUACUUUCUAGAUGCAUAAACCACUUCGUUGGCAAAACUUGAUCUUCCACCACUCUUCUCCCUGAUCUUUCUUGUCCCCAUUUGUUUUCAUUCCACUCGCUCAUUUUUUAUUUAUGCCCAUGUUUUAGCUUUUUAACUCACAGAUUGUUUUGUUGUUCAGAAUAAGUAUUCUGAAGCUAAUGUGUAUACUAUUUCACACCACUGCUACAUGUACCUGGGAUCCCUAUAUCACCCAUUAGUAUUUUCUUAAACUUUCUCAUUUCAUAUUUACCUUUUUUUCACUAAGGUUUGGUGUUUGCAUUAAACCUGGAUCCUUUCAUAACUGGCUAGGUAAGUUAGUUGAAAGAUUAGAGAAAGGCAAGGUUACACCACUGCCAAUGGCACCAACUCUAUUAAACCACUGUCUUGUUCAAACUAACCAUUAGGUUGAUUACAGAUUUAUCUUUCUUCAUGUAUAGCAUAGUUUGCAAAGCCUGAAAUUCGAUGUGUUCUACUGCUAGAGCCUCCAUAAUCUCAGCACCAAUGGUUGCUAUUUCAGCAGUUGCCUAUUGAGCCCUCCUUUCCUGUCCUUGAUCCUCUUUGUCAAGUGGCAAGUGUUAGGACAGAGGAAGUGCUGGUAAAUCAGCAACAAGUAAAAAUUAAAGGGUCAAAUUGUGUAUCAGAAAGCAGAGAGGCAUUAUUACUGAAGAUAGGCAAUGUCAUCUGUAGUCACACCUGUCUAUUUUAUAUCAGCUUGUGUUUACUUCUUUUGAGUAUCUCCAUGAUCUGACAUACUGUUUGAACUCUACUGUUUCAUGUGGCUCACAGAUUGCUUUGUCAUAGAUUUACUGUUGGAUGUUUUUCAGAAAACUCUGCACAUCUCUUUGGUGGUAUUAAGUAUUACACUGUGUUGAAAAAUUGCCAUUAACUUUAAGUAUUAAUUUAUUUGUAUGAGGUUUAAAAGCAUUGUUAACUGUAAAAUCUCCUUCAGUGCUUGGUAUUGUACACUUGUGAACUGCACAAAGGAGAAAACUGUUGAGUGUGACGAAAGCUGUAAUGCACAGUACAGCACGGUAGCAACGAAAUGUGUAAAUGUAACUCCAUGUGUGCUAAAUGUUGUAAUGAAGUUCAAAAUCUAUUUGUGUUUGUGUAUUAGUAAUUGUUAUAAAUAAUUUUAUAAGAAAA